AUGGAGCGCUUAGAGGUGGAGGACGCUGGAGGAGGUAUAAUCAAGGAAGAGUUGCGAAGAUUGUAUGGGCGACUACUGGGGGUAAGUGCUGAAAUCCGAGGAAAAUUUGAACUAUUAUUAAUGAGAAAGAGGAGACAGAGGCCUGCUUCUAGUCUUCGAACCCAUAAAAACUUUAGGUAAAUUAGCUAGCAUCUAUCUGAUUAGGAGAUAUUUAGACGUUCCAUGUCUGAAAUUUUUCUAGUAUAUCAUCUUUGGACAUUUUCGAUUUUUAAACGACUAACCUCGUUCACCAAACGAAAAAACGGGCAACAAAACUCGAGAAUGACUCGAGAAAACUCACAGAAUGACAGCAAUAAGGAUCAUAAACAAUUUCUUAGAAGAAAGGAAAGUUUGCUUGUCAGUACCUCUAAAGUUGAAUGCGUAAAACAUGAGCAAUUUAUGCCUACAACCAUAAGGAGUACUGUUGAAAUUGUUCUUUGCUCGGCCAACAGUGGUUCUCAUAACUUAGCUCGGUUCACGACCUCCCCCCCCCCACAGCAAACACAACCUUGGCAGGGAGCGAUCGUGUGGGACAAACCUGCUUUGUGCUAAGCAAGGCCGGACACAUGAAUCGGCGAAAGGAUAACCGCACGUGUUGUCUACGUUGAUAUGUGCGUGGUCUUCGGCGAAAUGCCUGGCGAGACACUCCUCGACAAGUUAUUAGUACUGACUAUCGAUGACAACUUUCUUAAAUUUCCGGAGACUUUCGUCGCUGAUCGCCUCAAAGUAAGCUCUGUGGGACGUUAACGGUCAAGGAGCACAAACUCAGAGAUUGACGUCCUAGAGGGUUCCGUACUCCGGCCAAACAAUUUCUUGAGCUUGUAAAUGACUGCGCGCAAGAAAUGCAUUGCGAAACAUACGUACUUCUAAUGACACUUAGGUAUAAAAUGGUAAUCCCUGGCGCAGUAUGUCUGAAGUCAGCAUGUUACGAAUUCUGAUAUACAGUGUGUGUUUGAACAGGCGUCGCAAAAUGUUUAGAUUUAUAGUAAUGGACAAAGUGUCGGUCGCAGGGUUUUCCGCUUUCUCUAGGAUAUCAAUGGUUCACAAAAUUCUGUAUGUCGUCGAAAUUGCCUACUAUGCAGUAUGCCAAGAUUUUUUCCUGCGAUAUGUAUGAAGCGUUUACGAAAAAGGAAAUGCAUCCUUUAGGUCGUGUCACCUGCUCAUAAAUAUAAUUUCAACCGUAGCAUACUGGUGAAUGUGUGAAUAUGCACCCUUCUGCUCGGGCAAAAUCUGGCUUGUCUGCGUUUUUACAGCAGUAGUUGUCUUCUCUUUUUUGUGCGCUCAUACACGUGUUCGUUUGUUCUUCUGCCUAGCUUUGUGUACCUUUUUGGUCUACCGGUUGUGCCUCCAACUUGAAUGUAUUUUUAUCCUCCCAAAUCUUUUAAGGUGAUGUUCUGGUUUCGCACUUCAAGUUGCUAUUGUUGAAUUAUGUCAUAAUGGAGUUAAAGCGAACGCAUACAUUUCUAGGUUUAAUUCUAUAAAUAACCCAUGGCCGCUGUGUUAUGUGAAUAUAUAUGUAUGAGUACAUUCGGACGAGCACGUCAAUCGCCGCGGCGAGAGUUGGGGACCUGGGGCAGGGCUCUGGUGACAAUUGCCAUCCAUAAAUAAUUAAGGUCUCUCACUUGCCAGUCCACCCAAAGGUUUUUAGCGUCCAAGAGGAAUUUCACCCGCUCUGUAAUUGUAAAAAUCAUAUUAUAGUACCUUACACAUGUGCCGAUACUUUCGGCUUUCUAGAAUACGUUUUAUGAACUGUGUUGUCUCUGAACACGCACCUAAGAACCUCAUUGGACUUUUUAUGCAAUUUGUUGCGGUUCCAAUUAAUUGAUUCUAGCGUCCUUUUAUAAGACUUUCCGCUCAGUUCGCGGGCGCUGUCCCAUUGUUUUCUCAAUCAGCAGGCAUCGCCAAUGCUGGUCUUCUUAGGAGUGUCGAAUACUUUUACCUGUUUGGGAACACAUACAAUCUGAGACCGGACAGUCGUUUUCCUUUUCAUUAUUAUUUCGCCAUUCCCAUAUUUUCCAAGAAAUGCAUUUGUCCCUCUCGACGUGGGCAUAUUUCCCUGCGCGCCCGAACAUGCCGUCUCAGUCUAUUCAGGACCUUGGGGCUGUUGGCCGAUCAGAUUAUAACAGCCUUAAUUGACCUGUGUUUGGCAUGUUGUGUGUGGCGACUGCUAAUGUUGUAUCUACAAGCUCUAUCCGCCCAGUACCAACAACGAAGACUACGACAAAACUUUAAGAGCUGCCUCUGUGCAUGGGCAAGUCAACUCAUGCUUUGCUUUUAACUGGCGGCCUCGAUAUCGCUUUCGUGAAGGGCUACUGUGAGAUUUAGCAUGGUGAAAGACGGGAAAUGGUUGCUAGCGGCUUCAGCGUCCUUUGCCACUGUGAACUAUCCCAUUUUAAACAAUCUUUCUGCUGUAGGUGGCUUAACUCAUGAACCGGGCUGACGGAAAUGUAGAUGCUCAUCUCAGUCCACCUAAAAUGUCGUCCAUUUUACUUGUUCGCCUAACGCGUUCCGGAAAACCCCCUUUGCCCAUGCAGAAUAUGACUCGAGGUAAUUUUAUCAAAGAAAUUUAAAGAUUUCGCUGGAAAUCAACGUUACCUUUUAUUCAGGCAAUUCGCUGUAUUGAUACGUGUCCUGGGCCAUGUUUUUCGCUAGCGCAUGUGUUUCUGCGAGCAUAUUUUGUGAGUUGCACCCGGUACUGUACUGCCUGUAGUGAACAUCUUCCAAUGCAGUAUUUUGGUUCUCUGGCUGGAGGUUCGCCAAUUCGAACUAAUCCUCGUCGUUUAAUCUAGAAUAUACUUGGCGACUCGUAGCGAAACCAGUUUAGAGGAUCCAGUUCCACCCCAUCCCUUCGUGAUUUAAAACAAAAACACUAAUUAUUGAAACCAUUGGUCGGUUCUGUUAUCUUUAAUACGUUACGCUGGGCUUUAGAGACUGUGUGCGUAUACUGUGCAACGCUUCAGCAAACCAUGGCCCUCGCGGCCCGGUGUGCGCUGAAGGUUCUCUGGCACUUGAUUUCCUGUCGGUGGCCGCAUUCAUGCUCCCGCUGGGUAUAAAGGCCGUGUGCAUGAUUGCCCAGUGACUUGUUUCAUCAUUCUCCUUCUGGCCUGACGUAGAAGUCUGCCAACUGACGGAUAACUUCGACCUUGCAGUUGGCUCAGUAUGUGUUUAUGUGGGGUGGCGGAUUGGUAGUCCGAGAGCCAGGCUGCAAUGGCUUCAUAAUGUGGCCUUUAUGGCACUCCCACUCCGUGAAAUCCGAGGUGGGUAUGACGGUACGCCUCGGGGCGGCCCCGGCCGCGCCAUCCGUCGCUCUCGUUUUUUGUUAAAGUAUAAAUCCUGGCCAGUGUAUAUUGUGAACUAGGGUUGUUCCUGCAGGCCCGGUUGCAGGCUCUCGCCGUGUCACUUUGGGCUCCGAUCAGUCCCUCCUUGGUGUAUCAAAUCUUGACCAAGUGUUUGUUGUGGACCAGAGGGUACAGUGGUACGUCUAGGUGCGGGUCCAGCCGCGCCAGCCAUUUGCACCCUCACUCGCCUUCGAUCUCUUCGCCUAUGUCUUGACACCGGGCUUAGGUAGGGGAGGAGGUGAGAGUGCGGUAGGUGCUAUGUAAGUCCACCACCAAUGUAAUCUAGUCCACGCACAAGCCACUGUGUCUGCUAUCAGCCUGGUGUGAGCACACGAUGGUCAUCGUCAAAAUCGACUGUCGAACUGUCAUACAGCUAGUCAGAUCGAAUAAAUUCUGGUUGGUUCAAGGCUCCGCAGUUAGUUUUACUAUACCGGGUCCAUGCGUGGUGCCGAAGCCCGCAACGCUCAUGACCCAGAUCAUGUUCUCGUCCGCACGCCCCCGAAAGCUCACCUCUCAUCCACCCCCAAUUGUCACGUGUUACGCGCCUCGCUAUCGCAUAACCACAACAACUGUUCAUCGCCAAGGCCCUGGCACCGUAAUCCGGUCUCGCUUUACCACCUGGGCCGACGAUGAAGGCAGUAGCAAGUGGCCGGUCAUCAUCGAAGUCAUCCUUCUUUGGCACCACUGAUGAAAUUCUUGGAUUCACCCAGCGAUACCGCGGUGACUGGAUCUACGAGAAGACCUUUCAGUUGUCUGUCGAGACGGCGUCAGCCAGAUCCCGCCGCAAUGGUUCGUUCCUUAAACUUCGAGAAAUGACAUCAAAGUCAACCAGGGAUGACGUACAUAAAUAUUGGACUGACAUAUCGACCUCCUUGGGAAGGCUUCAAACGUUGGUGGUCUGAUAUUUACCUUGACAUGCACCCUGGAAUUCCGCCAUGUCUACCAGCAAUAGAUGGCAGUCUGCUUUGUCGACUUUGCUUCCGCGGUCGAUUCCAUCCAUCGACCGUUCCUGCAAAAAUCACCACUAUGAUCGAGGCCUACUAUCGCUCCAACACUGCCAGAGUUCUAGUUCGUAAAAAUCUUUUCCAACCGUUCGAUAUUCAGUCUGACGUUCGACAAGGUUGUAUCCGGCCAUCCAUUCUGUUCAACUAUGCCGGAAUUCCCGAAGGGACCCCACAUGGGUUUGCGCCCGAACGCCAGUUGAUUAAUCUCUGCUACGCUGGCAAUGUCGCAUUGUUAGCCCAAACUUUUAUUGAUUUACAGUCUGUAGCGUCAUGUGUGGAUGAAGUCACGGAAUUCGUCCAUAAACGCUGGGGAGACCAACGUGUUCUCAGGCUGCAUCCCUGAUCUGGGGAGAGCAUCUCUCGAGAUUAAUGGCUGUCAAUUUGGAGACGUAGACGGUUCUAAAUACCUCGGAACGAGGCGGCCGUCUAGUGGGCAGAGUUAGAGGGGCAUUGUCUCCGGAAUCGAUGCCGCUCGUAGGGUUUUCUCAAUAUUUGAAAAAUGUCUAUGGACUCGACGCCACAAAGAUCCGCAUGCACCGUGCUUUCGCCUAGUCAGUCCCCCUUUACGGAUAAAAUGCUGGGCUAUGCCCGUGGGAGAUAAGUGAAAACUGGAGAUAUUUGACCACCACUGCCUGAGGACCGUCCUUCGAGUAGAGUACACCGACUUCGUCUCAAAUGAGACAGUCCGCACUCACUGCGACAACAUCGCGCAGAUGUUUGAGACCAUCCAAGAGAGAAGACUGAGGUGGCUUGGGCAUGUUCUUCAUCGUCCACGAGUUCGGUGUUGUUGCCCUCGAUCUAGCGCCGUUUCCCACCUAGAGACGUUAAAGUAGUCAACUCGUAACCUGGCUCGACACAGUUUAUCAAGACAUGAAAAUGGUUCUUGGGCCUUUGCCAUUCGGUUUCUAUCACUGGAGGAGAGAAUGGAUAGAGCUGUCCAGAUCUAUUGCCACGGAUCGUCACGCGUGGAGUGGUGCAAUCCGCGACAUCAUCGAGACCGGUUAGACCAGGCAUGAUCGCGUCUGUGCCAAAUGCAAGUAUGCGGUGACAAAACUAGAAACCAGAGAUUGAAUCUGAGAUUGUUUUAGUUGCUUCGCCGGCUGCAGAUUUCCCUUCAGUUCGGACUGCAUAAGAAGGCCGUAUCUCCAGUUUUAGAGCCUCUCAUUUGUUGGACUGUCGUAACUCUCUGCAAGUAUGCUCUGGCAGCAGGUCACCUCGCCCUGCUAAUCCCGUUAGCCAAUGCAAGAACGCUGUGAAGACGGAAUUUUCUAGUGCCCUAACCGUUGGAAUGUUUGAUAGUAGUGGCUGGCUCAGGCUAACUGCGAAAUAUACGGUCCGCUGUGUCUGACGAUUAAGCAGCUUGCUAUAUUCAACCCCCAGUAGUACAUCAUCGGUUGUUGGGUGGAACAGGGUAUGUACAAGGACCGCAGAGAACACAUUUUCUGUGGUGGUACUCACUGCGCGUACGUUGUUUUUCAAUCCGUCUGUCCCCGGCAUCAUAUUUAAGGACAGUAUCUUGGUCUGAUUCGCGUGCUUCCAUUGGCUGACUUCUGGAUGCCUCGCGGGUUUCCUGCAGCCUUCUAGCUGCCGACUUGCGCGCGGGUUUAGUUGGUGAGACUGACGUGUGGCGGGGUGGUUCUUGCCGUACGUGAAUGCCGAAAGACAUGAAUGAUGUGUCGAUCUCCGGGCUGUUAUAACACUGUCUUCAAGUAUCAAUUGCCGCUCUGAUAGGGCUUCUGUCUUCCACGCUUCCACUUUUAGGUGGCCAUUAUGAACCGCCACUUAGCCUGCUGUAUUGCAGCAGAAAUGGCAGUUUUCCCAGUACUCUCGUCUGAGGAGUGGGCGUGCUCUUGAGGUCCACUCCUCACUUUAUUUCUCAGCCGGACCGUCCUCCUCCGUCCCGACCGUCGGCUUUUUGACGGAAAUCACUCGGCCUCGAAGUCCGACUUCAGCAGUGCUCAGUCGUCUGGCUUAAUUGUUUUAUUCGAAAAACAAUGGUUAUCAACGAUUAACUGCAGAUCCCAAAUGCACUGGCAGGCGAAUGUAUACUCGCAGAGAGGAGCCCUUUGUUGAUGGGUUUGCACCGUCUAAGUAAUGGAUGUACACAGGGGGCCACAAUAGUCACCGCCCAAUCCCAUUUUGAUAAAGAAGGGAAAAGACACCAGUCCAAGUCGUGUAUUUUGUAGAGAAACUCGGUGGUGACCAGAGCCACCGACCCGCACGCACGUCUGCCCGCUAAGGCAACGCGGGUGCGAAAUGUAGGUAUGUGAGUGGAUCAGCGGUCAAAUUGGUGAGUUGCCUUAAUGACUGUGGAGUCAGUGAGCGCCUGUGAUUGGCUGUCCUAGAGGCUGCAAUUGCGCACGCUCAGACCACCCGAGACUCGUAAUCACAUUAUACGGUCCGAGCAACUCCUUUCACCGUCGACAAGCUCUCAAACUCCCAUAUGCUCUGGAUUAAAUUAUUUACUUUGUGGUUAGACACACCGUCAGCCUCUCAUUUUAUUUGGUGUCCAGAGGGGGAAGUUACUGUCUCAUACCCGUAUCACGUCUGUCUCUGGCACCUACGCCACGCUAGGUAUCAUGUGAUUACGAGCCUCGGGCGGUCUGAGCAUACGCGCAUGCAGCCUCUAGGACAGCCAAUCACAGGCUCUCACAGACUCCGCAGCCAUCAAAGCGACUCGCCAAACUGACCGCUGAUCGACUCACAAACAGUAGGUGGGCCAACUCAUGAAAUGUCAACCGAAAUUCCGAAAUGCGUUUUCGUUUCGGAAAGAUUAAUUAAACAGGGUUGUAAAACUCAUCAUCGUGCACUAUAUUUCUAUAAUAAGUCGGUUACCUCAGGAUUCCGGCUUUCGAAAAGAACUUCUUUCGGGCUGCAUGCAAAAAUGUACUCUGUAAAAAUGGCUACUUAAGUAGCAUGCAUUUUCUCAUUGCUUUUUGACGUCCUUAAAAAUUAAAUCAUAUUUCAUGGAAAUAUGCAUAAAAGUAUGUAUUCAUUUGCUCGUUCAGUAGACAAUUACGUCUUCUUCCAAUUGUAUACUUGAAGGAACGGUAUAAUUCUAUUUUCGGAAACUUUCCCAAUUCCCGAAUAAUUUUGAACCCUACCUGUCGGUACACUUGCAUUCAGGGAUUCCGAACUACAAGCCAUAUAUUUUCCGCAUACGGAAAACCACACAUAGAAAUCUAGCAUUGGAUUGCAGCCAUAUUGUAAACUUAAGAAGCCGCAUUAUUAAAUGCAGAGACACGAUGUUCUAUGUGUGGUUUUCCGUAUGCGGAAAAUAUAUGGCUUGUAGUUCGGAAGCCCUGAAUGCAAGUGUACCGAGGGGUCGGGUUCAAAAUUAUUCGGGAAUUGUGAAAGUUUCCGAAAAUAGAAUUAUACCGUUCCUUCAAGUAUACAAUUGGAAGAAGACGUAAUUGUCUACUGAACGAGCAAAUGAAUACAUACUUUUAUGCAUAUUUCCCAUGAAAUAUGAUUUAAUUUUUAAGGACGUCAAAAAGCAAUGAGAAAAUGCAUGCUACUUAAGUAGCCAUUUUUACAGAGUAUAUUUUUGCAUGCAGCCCAAAAGAAGUUCUUUUCGAAAGCCGGAAUCCUGAGGUAACCAAAUUAUUAUGGAACUAUGCUGCACGAUGAUUAGUCUUACAACCGUGUUUAAUUAAUCUUUCUGAAACGUAAACGCAUUUCGGAAUUUCGGUUGACAUUUCAUGAGUUGGCCCACCUACUGUUUGUGAGUCGAUCAGCGGUCAGUUUGGCGAGUCGCUUUGAUGGCUGCGGAGUCUGUGAGAGCCUGUGAUUGGCUGUCCUAGAGGCCGCAUGCGCGCAUGUUCCGACCGCUCGAGGCUCGUAAUCGCAUGGUACCUAGCGUGGCAUACAGUGAGUGACCGAUCUCAUGAAAUGUUGGCUGAAAUUCUGAAAUGCGUUUUCGGUUAGGAAGGAUUACUUAGUCGCGGUUGUAAUACUGAUCAUCUUGCGGCAUACUCCCAUAACAUUUCGGACUUGGCAGGAUGUCAGCCUUUAAAUGCACUUCUUGCCAAUCUCCUGUAGAAAGGGUAGUCGGUAAAAAAUGACUACUUAAGUAGCAUGCAUUUUUCCCAUUGAUUUUCGAUGGUCUUGGAAAUUCAAAUAUAUUUGAUAGAAACCAUGAACAAAAAUAUGCAUUCUUUUAGUCAAUCAAUAGAGAAUCACGUCUUCUUUAUAUUUUAUACUUAAGAAAGGAGUAUAAUUAGGUUUUAAAAAAGUUUUCUAAUUUCCGAAUAAUUUGGAGCCUGAUCAUUCGUUGCAUUAGCGCUUAGUGAUUUCACUCUACAAGGUGCAUGCGUUCCGCGUAGGGAAAAUCACAUAUUUUUCCUCGCCAUUAAAGAGAUAUUAUACAGAGUCCAUAAAAUUUUGCAGUGGAUGCGGACCAUAGUGUACAUUUCAUGAGGAGCGGUGGUAAACGGCCAGGUACGAUGCUAUGUGAAUGGACAUUUCGCGGUCUUAAAAAGUCUCAUAAUUAUAAACUUUUUUAAAACCUAAUUAUACUCCUUUCUUAAGUAUAAAAUAUAAAGAAGACGUGAUUCUCUAUUGAUUGACUAAAAGAAUGCAUAUUUUUGUUCAUGGUUUCUAUAAGAUAUAUUUGAAUUUCCAGAACGAUCGAAGAUCAAUGGGAAAAAUGCAUGCUACUUAAGUAGCCAUUUUUUUGCCGAGCACGCUUUCCACAGGAGAUUGAAAAGAAGUGCAUUUAAAAGCUGACAUCCUGCCAAGUCCGAAAUGUUAUGGGAGUAUGCCGCAAGAUGAUCAGUAUUACAACCGCGACCAUGUAAUCCUUCCUAACCGAAAACGCAUUUCAGAAUUUCAGCCAACAUUUCAUGAGAUCGGUCACUCACUGUAGGUGCCAGAGGCAGACGUCAUAGGCGUAUAAAGCGCUAAUACCCCCCUCCCUCUAGACACCUAAUAAAAUAAGGGCUGACGGUGUGUCUAACCACAAAGUGAAUAAUUUAAUCCAGAGCAUAUGGGAGUUUGAGAGCGUGUUGACGGUGAAAGUAGUUGCUUGGACCGAACGCAAAGCCGAUCCUGGGGUCACUGUAGAGGCACGAUUGAGGCAUCGGCUGGAGCACGUGCUGGCGUGAUAACGUCAAUGUGUCAAUGAGUUGGCGGUUGGUAUGAGAGCCAAGAGCACGUCCAACGCAGUGCAUUCCUCUGAACGCCGUCAGACGAAGGACUUCACUGUCGUCUGGACCCAGAUGUGGAAUAGGUCACAGAGCGUGUCAAACACAGUGAGGUUCCAUCGAGUUAGGCACAUAAGUGGGCCGUCAAUCUCGAAGAUCAUGAGGGAAGAUGCCGGUGAUAGUGACAACAAGCGUGUCCGAAGAGGUGGAAACGUCCGGUUUUGGUACGGCCUCAAAACUGCUCUCACAUUAUGGUUGGGAUCCAGCGCCCGGAUCAUUUUCAUGGCCGUCUUCAUUCACGACCAGAGUUCGGUAGCUGCGUUUUACUUUCCGUGUACACGAUGAGUCAAGUGGAGAUUUUGUUGCAAUUAAGCGUGGUGGUGCUAGGUGGUUGCGCUUAGGUCACGUCGGGGUCACCAAUAUGUAUCGUCAAGGUAUUUGGUGCACUCAGUGCCACAAUAAUCACAGGCCAAUUCCGUUCAGGUGGAAAAAGGGAAUGAUACCAGUGAGGGCCGUCUAAUCUGUACGGGAACUCAAUGGUGGUCGGAGUCCCUCCUACGCGCGGCCAGUUCUGGCGUCGCGUGCGUCUGCCCGCUGGGGUAAUGUGUGUGUUUCCUGUAAGAGCUAGUCAUCUCCAGCCUGACGAGUUGACUGGGCGGUUGCGAAGUCUUGGAUGAUUGUGGUUGGCUGUCCUAGAAGUUGCAUUUGCGCAUGUUCCGACCUCCCGAGAGCUGUGUUCACAUGGUUACUAACGUGGCAUAGGUGCCAAAGGCGGACGACAUACGCGCUUGAUGCGUUACAGGUUUCCUAAGCCAUUUUAAACUUUCUCUCAAUGUACCUCUUAUUGUAGGUCGGAUUACGGAAUACCCGGAAAUUCGGAGUUAGCCUUUUAUAUUCACCACCGCGCACCGAUGCUGUCGCAUAGCAUCCCAGUUAAUGCGGAGCGUCUCUCCGUGCUGGAAUGCCACUCCCUAUUCCACCGAUUUCUCCGCUAUUUCCUCUACAACAACGGUCAGCUCUCCGAACAGGGUUUCAUGGCUGGAGAAUGGGAUUUGUCACUGCCGGUAGUUUUGUAGUUUUCAUUCUAAACGCCUGCCUCGUUUGUAGAGUGAAUGUUCCCAAAACCCGCGGAUGUCGUCAUGCUUCGAAACCCUCCAAAGGCUGGAAAAGGAUCUCGUAAGUCUGGCAAGCUACCCGGUUGACCAGUUUCUCGUUAUCCUGGGUGCUAAUACCUCGCGGCCUGUACGUGCGGUGCUUUUGGAUUUCACCGCUUGCAUUUCCACCUAUGCCUGUGAUGAUGGUGUCCCGGCAAGGCAGAAGUUCGCUCCCUUUUUUCAGUCCUUGACCUUGGAUCCAAAGUUCCGGGAGUUUCUCAGUCCGACCGCUCCCACUCGAGCACACGUUUAUUUCCGAGUGAACAAGGACUUCCAGAACCACUUCUUUAUUCCACGUCAGACGUUUAAACUGCUCUCCCUCAAAAAUUUGCACAUACUCUGUAUUGUCCCAGGUCUUGAAGAUACCAUGGAGUUGUCUGGUUGCGAUACAACUGCUGAUGCAUCAAAAGAUCCAGCUAGGGACAUUACACUUGACGAUGAUGAGCGAAGUUUGCAUUUCACUUGGUUUUCAUGCCCCUCCGUUGUAAAGGGCUCGGCGGAGUAG